AUGCGGACCGUCGCCCCGGCCCCCGACCCGACCCCUAAUAAUUUCGUUGCACGACGAAUACUAGAUCCAAGCCAAGUGGGUCUUUCAUUCGUGGAACGGUGGUAUCUUGAUUUAUUCAAGACGCAUACUUCUAGAAAAUGUACUGGGUAUAUGGUCGAUGACUUCUGGCAGCGGCUCGUUCACCAGGUCGCCGAGGAGGAACCUGCUGUGCGGCAUGCAGCUAUUGCUUUGAGUUCUAUGCAUUUGAGAUUUAUGCAAGAUAUCGAUUCUUUGAAAUCAAAGCCCCUGUCUAUGGCUACGCUUAGUGUGAAUAAAAAUCCAUCUUUCACUCUGGCGCAGUGCACGAAGGUCCUUGUUUCUUUGCGGGAGAGACUAACGAAGGGAGAUACCUAUACGACAAGCAGCGCACAUAGAGAGGCAGUUCUUGUUUCAUGUAUUAUGUUAGUGUCGCUGUCUCUCUUCCAGGGCGAUGCUACGGCCGUGACCUCGCAUUUACGGUCCGGUUAUAGUGUGCUUAUGGAAUGGCAGAAGGUCAAUUUCGACGGGAAUCCCUCGGGGCUGGUCCUAAUGCGCACGUUUUCGGAACUACAGCUACACCGGGCUACAUUCUCCCAACCACAGCGGGAUCAAGAAUCAGAAGCGGACAGUUUACCGCUCUGGCGGGCGAUCACCGUAUGCCGGCCUGUAUAUGGAUGCCCGGAAGAGUUUGAAAGUGGUUUUUCCUUUGUCCUUGGAGCAGUUAUCACAGCGAAUUAUCCACAGGGAUUGGAACUCCGCGUAGGAUCAAGUCAAGAGAGGCUGAAAACUGCUCUUGCCGAUCUACUCUAUCAGAACAGCGUGGAAAAGACGCUUGUGGAAAGGUUAAUGAACUGGCAGAGCGAGUUCCAUGCUUUCAUUUCAGUACAUAGGGAUACAUUACCGCCACAAGACCGCGGCCCUAUGAUAUUGCUCGAGCUAUGGACUUUGGCCAGUGAUAUCAUACUUGCUUCUCUCGAGAGGCCGCUGGAAGAGAUGUCCUAUGACUCCUCUUUGCUCGUAUUCCAGCGAAUGAACGAGUUGGCGGCGCUUUACUUGAGCUUGGCGGAGCAAGCUUCCAUGUUCUCCACUAAACCUAUGAUUCUACAAAUCCUCCAUUUCAACGCCAUUAAAUGCCGUGACUGGCAUACACGUCGGGAGACAUUACGCCUGGUGCGUACCUUCCCACGGCGAGAAGGUUUCUGGACAUCUGAUCAUCUUGCCGCUUUGUUAGAAUACGUUAUCCAACAGGAGUCUACUGGUUUAACGCCAAAUGAUGUGGUUCCGUGCACAGCUCGUAUUGACAUGCUGCAUCUCAGCCCUUUGGAUCAGAAAAAGUUCAGUGUAUGGUAUCAUCGAUUUUGCACUCCCGAGGAGAUUACAGGUUGUGCUGAUAUCUAUGGAAACUGGACCAAUGUGGUGCUAUCAGCUUAA